GUCGUUCAGGCACGAUACACGUGGGUUCAGCGAUCAGCGGAAAAUGUCUGGACUGGAUCGUGUGGUGAAACCAAAAACAAAGAGAUCGAAGAGAUUUUUGGAAAACAGGGGACCCAAACUCAACGAGAAUAUCAAAAAUGCCAUGCUCAUUAAAGGAGGCAAUGCUAAUAAUACAGUCACGCAAGCACUAAAAGAUAUUUAUGCUUUGAAAAAGCCAUAUGGUGUACUCUAUAAAAAGAAAAAUAUGACCAGGCCUUUUGAGGAUCAGACAUCUCUGGAGUUUUUUGCAAAGAAAUCCGAUUGUUCCUUGUUUGUAUUUGGCUCUCAUAACAAAAAGCGGCCAAACGACCUUAUCUUUGGCCGCAUGUAUGAUUUUCAUGUUCUAGAUAUGGUUGAGUUGGGAGUGGAAAAGUAUGUUUCAUUACAGGAAAUCAAGAACUGCAAGUGUCCUGAAGGUACCAAACCACUUCUGAUAUUUGCUGGCGAUGCAUUUGAAAUGAGUGAAGAUUAUAGACGGCUGAAAAGUUUGCUUAUUGAUUUCUUCCGAGGACCCACUGUGACUGGGGUUCGUCUGGCUGGCCUGGAGCAUGUCUUGCAUUUCACAGCAGUUGAUGGGAAAAUUUUUAUGCGUAGCUACAAGGUGCUAAUGAAGAAAUCUGGAUGCAGGACACCAAGAAUUGAGCUUGAAGAAAUAGGACCUUCAUUUGACUUUGUUGUCAGGAGGACACAUCUGGCUUCUGAUGACUUGUAUAGACUUUCCCUCAAACAACCCAAAGCCCUUAAGGCAAAGAAGAAAAAGAACAUAUCUCAUGAUGCUUUUGGCACCAAAUUUGGGCGCAUCCAUAUGCAAAAGCAAGAUCUUAGUAAAUUGCAGACAAGAAAAAUGAAAGGCUUGAAAAAGAGAGCAGCAGACACAAUGGAAGCAGAAGACCAAAAUAUAACAAACACAAAGAAAGCUAAGCAGAAUUAGUACCACUAAAGCUGGAAUGUUGCAGUGUUUGUGAAAUAGUUAAGGCAGGAUCAGGCCAUGCUUAAAAGACUGACGUUUUUCAAGACUGCAGCCCGUUAAAAAGAUUUGGGUUGUGUUACUAUAAUCAUAUAUGAAAAAGCUGAACUACCAUACUGUAUCCAAUCUUUGUAGGCUCAACCAUCAAUUAAAUUUCAUUUUGUAUCUGG